AUGACGCUGAGAACCAUCAACUUCAACGAGCUCGCGCACCAGAAAUACCCAGGCAAGCAGUGGACUGAAGUGCCCGUUGGCGACCAGGUGGAGCUCUUGAGGGAAGCCUUGAAGGCGAGAGUCCUCGUCAUUGACCCUCACUCGGUGUACAUGAAGUUUUGGGAUUUGAUCCUAGUGAUAUGCUUGGUCUACACUGCACUGGUGACUCCUUAUGAGAUCGCCUUCAUUCCACCGGGCAAUCAGUUUCUGGCAGUGCUAAACCGGAUUGUGGACGUCAUUUUCAUCAAAGACAUGGUGAUGCAGUUCUUCAUGAAGGUCGAGCGGAACACCAGGCAGGGCAAGAUUUGGGUGCGCGACCGCUGCCAAGUGGCGCAGCUCUAUGCGAGGACCUGGUUCUUGAUUGACCUGGCCUCGGUCUUGCCAUACGAUGACCUUACAGAUCAGAUGCAAGCCGAUGGAAUCCACAGCGUGAAGAUUCUGCGAACCAUCCGGGUGCUUCGCUUAGUCAAGCUCCUGCGAAUUCUGAAGGCCAGCAGAAUGGUCAAGCGCUGGGAGAAUCGCAUCGCGCUGAAGAGCACGAACUUGUACCUGAUCAAGUUCUCCGUGCUCAUCAUUCUUUCUUGUCACUGGAUGGCGUGCCUUUGGGGCUUCCUUGGACUUCUCGAGGGCUCCCUGCUGCAAUGCCGAAUGGAGCUGGCAGCCGAUGAUCCGUUGCUGCUUUUGCACCCGACCGCGAAGUACUUUUUGUCGGAUACUUCAGGAUUGGAUCCCAAUGAUCCAUCUGCCUGGCCUGGUGACAGCUGGGUUGUGCGUUGGGCGCAGUCCCGCACACCCGGCUCGCCUGCGGAUCCCUGCGACACAGGCAUGAUCUAUGUGGCUGCGCUGUAUUGGUCUGUCAUGACUAUGACCUCCGUGGGAUACGGCGACAUUUUGCCCUACACCCCAGCGGAGUACGUUGCCUGCACCAGCUGCAUGAUGAUCAGCUCCAUCGUUUGGGCGUAUAUCAUCGGAGCCGCGUGCGCUGUGAUGUCCAAGAUGGAUCCAGAGCUGAGCGAGUUCGAGCGCAGGAUUGAUGACUUCAAUGCCAUGGCGCAGGACCAGGACUUGCCACAGCACAUCCGAUGGCGAGGACGCGAGUACAUCCGGGAGCAGCGCUUCCAUAUGCACUAUUUGCGCAACAUCGAUGCCUGGGAGGGCCUUGGCACGGACCUGCGCGGCACGGUGGCGCGGCAAAUGGCGUCUCACUACAUCAACCAUAUUUGGUUUUUCAAAGGCACCAAGGCUCAGUUUCGCGAGGACUGCGCCAAGAAUUUCGUGCCCCACUUCUUCGAGCGGCGGGAGGUCAUCGAGAUGCCCGCGCAGCUCGCCGUGGUGGAGCGCGGGGCUGUGGGCCGCCUGGGCCGAAUCCUGGUGCCCUGGGGCUACUGGGGCGAGGAGACAUGCUGA